UCCCCGCACCCGGCGCAACUUGCCUCGGACCCUCUGUGAGGAGAGGCGGCGGCGGCGGCGCGCGCCGGGCCGGGCGAGAGCGGGCGAGGCGUGCGGGCGCCCGGCGCGAUGCCUCCGGCCGGCGGCUCCAGAGCGCCGCGUCCCGCCGCGCUGCCCGGCAGCCUGUCCCGCCUGCGCGAGUGCCCGGGCCGCUCCCGCAUCGUGCUGGCGCUCGGGGCCACGCAGAUGGCGCUCGGAUGCCUCAUCGUGGCAGUCAGCUUCGCCGCGCUGGCGCUCACCACCUCGGCCCGCGUCCGCCACUCCUGCCCCUUCUGGGCAGGCUUCUCGGUGCUGCUGUCGGGACUCAUAGGUGUCGUCUCCUGGAAGAGGCCUCUCUCCCUUGUGAUAACCUUUUUCAUGCUGCUUUCUGCAGUGUGUGUAAUGCUGAAUUUGGCUGGUUCAAUUCUCUCUUGUCAGAAUGCUCAGCUAGUCAACUCCCUAGAAGGCUGCCAGUUGAUUAAGUUUGACAGUGUGGAGGUGUGUGUCUGCUGUGAGCUGCAGCACCAGUCGUCCGGCUGCAGCAACCUCGGGGAGACGCUGAAGCUGAACCCGCUGCAGGAGAACUGCAACGCUGUGAGGCUGACCUUGAAGGAUCUCCUCUUCAGCGUGUGCGCCCUCAACGUCCUGUCCACCAUCGUGUGUGCAUUGGCCACAGCCAUGUGCUGUAUGCAGAUGGUCUCCUCUGACGUCCUGCAGAUGUUCCUUCCGCAGAGGUCACAUCCGGCCAACCCCGCCUGCGUGACUCCUCAUGGCACUGUUCUCCACCAGACCCUGGAUUUCGAUGAGUUCAUCCCCCCACUCCCGCCUCCACCCUAUUACCCGCCAGAGUACACCUGCACACCCUCCGCUGAGGCCCAGAGGGGCCUCCACCUGGACUUUGCUCCGUCUCCAUUCAGCACUUUGUAUGACGAGGCCAUCAACAGCCCCGGCCUGCUCUAUCCUGCUGAGCUCCCCCCUCCAUAUGAGGCGGUGGUGGGCCAGCCUCCUCCCAGCCAGGUUACAAGUAUAGAUCAACAGGUGGCUGAGUCCAGCUCCGGGGACCCAAACACCAGUGCUGGCUUCAGCACUCCAGUACCAGCUGACAGCACAAGCCUCCUGGUGUCUGAGGGCACUGCUACGCCAGGUUCCAGCCCAUCCCCCGAUGGCCCUGUGAGCGCCUCAGCACCCUCUGAAUCUGCCCUUCACCCUGGCUGCGUGUCUCCAGAGGAUCCUGGCAUGGGCUCACAGGUGCAGCCAGGUCCUGGGCAUGUAUCCCGCUCUACCAGUGACCCCACCUCGUGCACAUCUGGCACGGCAGGCGAUGCCUCUUCACACAAGCCGUCGUGUAGCCAGGACCUGGAAGCGGGACUGUCUGAGGCUGUGCCGGGGAGCGCUUCCAUGUCUCGCUCUGCCACGGCUGCCUGUCGGGCCCAGCUUUCACCAGCGGGGGACCCAGAUACCUGGAAAGUUGACCGACGGCCAACACCAGAGCCCUUCCUGGCAGCCUCCAAACAGCGGCCACGCUCUUUAGUGGACAGCAAGGCCUAUGCGGACACCAGGGUUUUGGUGGCUAAGUUUUUGGAACACUCACACUGUGCCCUCCCCGCCGAGGCACAGCACAUGGUGGGUGCCAUGCGCUUGGCCGUCACCAACGAGGAGCGCCCCGAGGAGGAGGCCGUCUUCGGCGCUGGCGUUCUGGACCAGGUAUAAAGGAGCCACGAGUCUGACCGUGGACACCAACGGGCCUGGCGCCACAGAUAGUCUUGCCAGAAGCCAUCAUGCCUGACAGAGGCCUCAGGCCCAGCUUGGCUGAGGACACGGGGGGGGACACCCAGGAUGAUCUGGGGGCGGCGUGGGCAGGGAAUGGUCACUCCCUCUCUCAAGGGGAGCUGAGUGGUCGUCGCCCUGUGGAUCGCGUUUCCUGCCGAGCAGUCGUCGCCCUGUGGAUCGCGUUUCCUGCCGAGUGGUCGUCGCCCUGUGGAUCGCGUUUCCUGCCGAGCAGUUGUCGCCCUGUGGAUCGCGUUUCCUGCCUAGCCCAGUAACUCGGAAAGAUGACUCUCAUGUCCACAGUGAACUCUGGUUUUAUCUGGCGUGCAGCGCCUUGAAUUGAGCAGCGCUGCACAAACGUGAAUGCAGCAACAGGCGACACUUAGGUUACCUAAAGACUCGAAGUAUCUCCAAAAUCAGGGCCAUCCAAAGCAGGAGUUCCCUAUCCUUCAUUUAACUUAGUGUUCAGGGGACAGAGGGUGACAUCGAGUCAUGAGACAUUUUCUCAUGUGGCUCGAUGGCUCUAUCAUUAAACGUUCAUCACGCUCUGGCCUAUUUCCUAUGAAAGGAAAUAGGUAGCGUUAGCACAGAUGGCAGCCUGCGCCCAACUUUCUGUCCACAGGGCUACUGUGCAAACAAACGUACAGUGGGGGCCUCUGCCGUAGCCUGGCCACCCCAGGGGACAGGCCAGUGUUGCAGAGGGUUGGAGGAACCCACCAUCUCCUGGGCCUCGAGCUCGGCCUCCCUCCAUGGGGUGCCUCCCCCACCUCCUCCCGGGCCCCUUCUCCAGACUCCCGUCCUGUCCCUGGUGCAGACCUGAUUCAGUUGUUUGGUCCAUAACAGUAAGUGCCGAUUCCCAGCUCCUUUGGGGGGGGUCUCCCUUGUGUCUGAGCUCACCUGAUUGAGCUCGGUGGGUCCAGUUCUGAGGGAGAGAGGCCGGUUUCUCUGGAAAGUGGCCCCUUCUGAUAAAGCAGAUCCCUGUGACCCAGAGCUGACCUUCCCCUGGGCAGGCGGCAGCAGACAGACACACCUGCGCAGGAGGAUCAUCAACCACCUACAAACCCACGCGAAACGGAAGAGACACCCGCCAUGCUGCUUGUGCAGAAGCAGGCAUGCCCAGCUUGGGGGCAGCUUGGGGACCUUGGACUUUCUUGGCCCCUAUCCCCUUGUUUUCUGGUGGCAUCAGUGGCAGCUGCUCCCAACAAUGGCCCUGGAACAGCGCCAUCCACGAGAACUUUCUGCAGUGAUGGAAAUGCCUGUUCAGGGCCACUAGCAGCAACAGCCUCUGAGCUGCGUCGGUGGGCCCUGCAGUGAACAAAGCAGCCUAGAGGCUGAGUUCUUCCCGGAGAGCCCAUGAGCCUGGCAUGGGGGCACAGGGGGACCAGAGGGUGCCUUCCACUCCUGGGUGCCAGGGCAGGGGGCUCAUGCUGCUCUUCUCUCGGCUCCGUGGGGCUCGUCCUUGAGUUCCCCCAAUUCCCCACCACCACUGUGGCCAGCGUGCUGGGGAGCUUCUGUGUGACUGAAAGCCGGGAAGGGCGUGGGGUUCCAGCCUGGGUGCCCAGAGCCUUCCUCCAGCCCAUUACCCCCGCCCUGGGGGCUGAGGUGUAGGACUGCCCCAGCUGCAGUGGGUUGAAAAGGCUUCGAUUGCUUUAGAGAGCUGAAAACAGACGACAACCUGCACUUUUCCAGGUAAGAUGUACUAGAGAUGAAUUUAUGAGCACUUUAUUCAGACUAUAAAACAGGAAAUCUAUAGUUUUUCUCAAGUGGGGGGCUUGUGAAUUCCCUCAAGGCAAGUCUCUUUGCAGGUGAAAUUAAUUGGUGGAUUUUCAGAAUGGCCGCCCUGGAGCAGAGCUUCAGCCACGCCUGACGCCCUGGCCGCUGAGUCUCCACUGUCUGAGGUGUGCUGGGGCCACGCUGCAGGGGUUUCACCUGCUUGGGGGGUCCACACUAGGGCUUGGGGGUUCACACAGCAUUGUCCCUGGGCCGAGCCCUUGGGUGGGCUAGAGCUGCAGUCCUCAGACACGGCUGCAAUUCCAGCGAGGCCAAGACCACCAACCACCCAGUGGACUCGGCCUCUGGGCUGUUUUCCUCAUGCAGCUGGGGUGGAGGCCCACUGGACCACCCAGCCUGCUGCUCGGCGUCCUUCCCUUCUCUGCAGCAGGGCCCAGUCCCAGUGGCCAAUGGGGAUGCUGCCCCAGCACUGCCUCCCUGUGGGCCCCCACCUGCACCCCACCCUCACCCAGCUCUGGGUUUGCACUGGUGGCAGCUGUUGUGUGGAUACAGAAACUGUACCCAACUUGAUGCUGCUGGGCUGGAACCUUCUCCCCCUCAAAAUGAGGCAGUCAGGGACAGGGUGGGGUGCCCCGCUAAGCCCAGCUGCUCAAGGCCACUCAUGGACUCUAGGAGGUGAGUCUAGCCUCUGGGCUUCCUGGGAGGGUCCCCAGAAGAGAGAGGUGCUGGUAGACUAGGGAAUGUGCUGGCAACCUGACCCAGAAGCUGUGGUGCCUUUGACCCUGGCUCCAUGGCAUCUGGGUACCAGCAGCAAGAGCCCGAGCCCCAGGCUGCACGUUGGCUCACAGCCAAGGAGAAAGCUGGCUGCUUCCCCCUCCGUGUGCGUCCUUCCCCCUCUCUCAUCAUGCUCCCUGUCUGGGAUCUGAAAUCGGCCAACUGUGGCUGCUUUGGGGGGGUGACAUGCUCCUCCAGCUCAGCUGGGCCCUGGGCAUCCCCUGCCCUGAGACCCAAAGGGGGGGAUUGGCAUCUGCUGUGACACCACCAUUGACCCCAGCCUGGGGGCCACGAGGAUGCUGAGCGGGGAGAACCUGGGCCCCAACUCUAUGGCAAGCAAGGUCGGAGAAGGGGGAGCAUCAUUCGCAAGAACUUCAGGUCUCAACCUUAGCUGGAGAUGAGGAUCCACAUUAAAUGCUUAUAACACACCAGGCCACAGAAAGCUCGCUACACACGGAUGCUUCUCCCCACCCAUGCUGACUCGCAGAGGCUGCUAAGGCAGAAUUUAUGGGAAAUUGUUUCCAAGCCACCAGAGACUUGUUUGUACAACUGGAACGGUUGUAUUUAUUUAAUGUACCUCAAGGUGUUUUAAUAAUGAUCCGUGUUUUAAUAAAAAGUAUUUCUG